GGUCUCCCUUUACCUCACCCGGGCCCCUUGUCUCCCUUUUUUUUGUGUGUUGCAGCAGAAAACCUUCGAAGAUUGUGCUCGCCAUUUUUCAAACUUCUCCCACCUGAUGUCUUUCCACUGCAUUGGAACAGCUAUUGAUAAUUCAAUCGGGGAUCUGGACUACAGAACGUACAUUCCCUUCUAAGACAAGCUGUUCCUCGCUGCUCCGGCCGUUCAUCCUUUAACAACUGACAUCAUAACAAGGGUGUGAGCUUCCAGUUUCCCAUGGCUCUACAGGAGUUGGGCAUAAGUCUGUCCAUGGCGGGUGUCGCUGGUACCAUGUUGAUCUGUGGCCUGCCCAUGUGGAAGGUCACCGCAUUCAUCGGCACCCAUUUGGUGGUAAUGCAAGUGUUCUGGGAAGGCCUGUGGAUGACCUGCGUCAGUGAGUACACCGGUCAGAUGCAGUGCAAGCUCUACGAUGCCCUCCUGGACCUUUCACCUGAACUCCAGGCAACCCGCGGCCUUAUUUGCGUCAGCAUGGUGUUGGGAUGUUUGGGGUUUCUCAUCUUUAUCCUGGGAGCUCGGUGCACCAACUGCCUGAGCCACCCCCGAAUCAAAGCCCGGGUGGUGCUCAGCUCUGGGGUCAUCUUCUGCCUCUCAGCCCUCACUACAAUAGUAGCUGUCGCUUGGACCGCCAACACCAUCAUCACAGAUUUCCACAACCCCAGAGUACCUGAGGUGCUAAAGAGAGAGCUUGGAGCAGCCAUUUACAUAGGAUUUGUAACAUCUGGGCUGCUCUUCUGUGGAGGCGCCAUUCUUUGUGCAACCUGUCCACAAGAGAGAUCCAGAUUCCCCUCCAGUGGGUACCAGUUAGCCAAGACUCCCACACGAAGCAGCUAUGCCAUCAAAAACUAUGUAUGAAGACAGGAACCUAGACAACAAGACACAAAAACUGAAAUCUUGUUCACCUUAAGAUUUAUUUUGUUUAUGCCUAUUAUGAUGCUUUCUGCUUAAUUACAAUCUCUGUGUAGUAAGUAAAAAUAAAUCUAAAUAAAAGAUCUUUAAGAAACAUUUUUGGGUCUUUUCAGAUCAUCAUUUCUAAAAUAUAUAUAAUCUAUCCCAUCAGUGUUGCAGUUUUUUUUUAAGGAAAUGGUUAAAACACUACUUUACAGUGACCAGAGAGAGAAGAUAGCUGCCCUUCCUUUCUUGUUUCUAAAAAGCUUUCUUAUUAAUGUUUUCUGACUCAUGUAAUUUCCAUUCGAUAAUGGAAAGAUUAUACCAAAUAAGCCUAGAUCAGGGGUGCUCAAGUCCAGUCCUAAAGAGCUGCCGUCCUGUAACUUUUAGAUGCAUUUCUCCUCAAAUGCUGAAUCUAAAGGCUCAAUCCCCUCAUUUGGCUCAGAAUGGUAGGCAUGGUAACAAACCACUCAUUUGAUUCAGGGGUGUUAAAAAUGU